CCUCCAGCCCUUGUGCGGGACUCCAUUUUCCAGUCCCAAAGUCUCCAAGGAAGGGGCUGUGGGGACGCUCCGCCAAGAUGGACUAGCGCCCCAGCCUUUCUUCCCAGCGUCGCCCUUGUGUCGCGGGCGGCGGCAGCCGGAGUGCCCUCCUCUCGCCGGGGCUCGCCCGCCCGCCUGCUCGCUGGCCGGCCGGCCGGCUGGCUCGCUCGCGGCUGGGGGCGCGCGCGCGCGCGCGGGGUCGCUUCGCCGAGCAUGGAGGAUCCAGGCAGGCUGAUCCAAGCGAGGGGGGCGGUGGGGCUCGCGGGGCACCCCCCCGUCCAGGGGGUCCAGGCGAUGACCCCCCACUCUCUCCACGAGCCCCCUUCGGAUAACGGCGAGCCGAGGAAGCAAGACAUCGGCGACAUCCUCCAGCAGAUCAUGACCAUAACCGACCAGAGCUUGGACGAAGCGCAAGCAAAGAAGCACACGCUGAAUUGUCACCGCAUGAAGCCGGCGCUUUUCACCGUCCUCUGCGAAAUCAAAGAAAAAACAGGGCUGAGCAUCCGGAGUUCGCAAGAGGAAGAGCCAGUGGACCCGCAGCUGAUGCGCCUGGAUAACAUGCUCUUGGCCGAGGGGGUGGCCGGGCCCGAAAAAGGGGGUGGCUCAGCGGCGGCGGCGGCAGCUGCGGCGGCAGCAGGAGGGGUGUCCCCCGACAACUCCAUUGAGCACUCGGAUUACCGCAACAAGCUUUCGCAGAUCCGCCAGAUCUACCACUCAGAGCUGGAGAAGUACGAACAGGCUUGCAAUGAGUUCACUACCCAUGUGAUGAAUUUGCUUCGAGAGCAAAGCCGCACACGCCCGGUGUCACCUAAGGAGAUUGAGCGCAUGGUCAGCAUCAUCCACCGGAAGUUCAGCUCUAUCCAGAUGCAGCUGAAGCAGAGCACGUGUGAAGCUGUCAUGAUCCUGCGCUCCCGCUUCCUGGAUGCCAGGCGGAAGCGACGCAAUUUCAGCAAACAGGCCACCGAGGUCCUCAAUGAAUACUUCUACUCGCACCUGAGCAACCCGUACCCCAGCGAGGAGGCCAAGGAGGAGCUUGCCAAGAAAUGUGGCAUCACCGUCUCGCAGGUCUCAAACUGGUUCGGGAACAAACGCAUCCGCUAUAAGAAGAACAUCGGCAAGUUCCAAGAGGAAGCCAAUAUUUACGCCGUGAAAACGGCUGUCAGCGCCGCACAGAGCGGGGGCGACUCUCCCAACACCCCCUCCUCCGCGGGCUCCGGUGGCUCCUUCAAUCUCUCGAGUUCGGGGGAUAUGUUCAUGGGCCUGCAGGGUCUAAAUGGAGACUCUUACUCUACGUCACAGGUGGAGUCGAUGCGUCACUCCAUGGGGCCUGGUGGCUAUGGGGACAGUAUGGCUGCCAACCAGAUGUACAGCCCACGAGAAAUGAGGGCCAAUGGAGGCUGGCAGGAAGCAGCCACCCCCUCUUCUGUAACCUCUCCAACAGAAGGUCCUGGCAGCGUCCACUCUGACACAUCCAACUGAUCGUGCUGUGCUGGCUGUCCCCCCCUUUCAUGUUCGUCCUGAUGCCAGGGAAGAGAAAAAUGCCAGUUGUGAAUGGGCUGGGCAGAGGAAGAACUCUUUUUCAUUGCCUUAGGAUCACAGCAUCACAGUGCCGGGGAAGGGAAGGGUGGGGAGGGGAUCCACUGGUGCACCCCUGGGGCUUCAAGAUGGCAGCACUCCUUGGGGCAGAUCACUUGAGAUGCACCCACUUGAUAUAGGAUGGUAGUCCUUCUGUGAUCCUGAAUGGCAUCUUUAGUAACCAAGAUGUGACUCUAAGCAUCCUGGAGGGGACCCAGUAUGGCGACAUUAUUGGGAGGUGGGUGGGAAAGGGUGGGAGGUGCUGUCCCAAAUGGCUUAUCAAUUUGGAGGGGUUGAGGGAUAAGCUAAUGUGGUACCUGCAACCAGUAUCAUAAUCUGAUGGAUCGGUCUCAUAGGUUACACCUGCCCCAAAGGAUCCGAUGGCCAUAUGGACUGAUCUCUUGGUGGUAGAAUGAGCAAAGAAAGUUGCCAGAUAGGGCUUAUGUUGGCAUCUCUCCAUGAUGGGAUGAUUCCAAGGUGGUAGACUGGUGUCUUCCUGUCAAGUUUAACUAUGACACGAAACCAUUGGAUACGGAUCCUCUCUAGACCCAAGGUGGCACUUCCUUCUUAUGUUGUAACCAAGGAUAGUAGCUUCUGUUAUGGGAUUAUUUCUGAAAACAAGAAGUGCUCUUUUGCUCCUGUCUUGAAAGUGGAUUGUGUGGAGUCACAAUGCUGUCCCUUCUUGGACUGAACCAUCCUACAUGCCUCUCCAUGUGAGUAGUUUUCCUGCAUCUGAAGAUCUAUGGUGGAAUUCAUCUGAAUCAGAAAGGAGACAUUUCUCUUGAAGAUAACCUUGAAGAAAAGGUGUGGGAAGGCAAGGUGUUGAUGAGUAAUGUUGGUAAGGAGGUUAGACGUAAGAUGUACCUUUACCCAAAGGUAGUGGUAGAACUCCAUUAGAGCAGUUAAACGUAUUUAGAAAGGGGAAGUAGUAUUAAGCACAAAGUUUGUGUAUCUUCCUCUGCAGGACUGGAUGAUCUAGAACAGGGUUUUUCAAGCUGUGUGUGGUGGAACCCGAAGAUGCCAUGAGAAUUUGGUGGGGUUCCAAAAGAAAUUCAGAAAAAAACUUCAGUUGAACACAGCCAGUUUGCUGUCACUAGCGUCUUGCCUCUUGAUCAGUGAUUCUGGGAAUUUUUCUUUCAAAAACUCGCAAUUAAUUGUGUCCUGGAAAUGUCUGAAAAACUCUGCUCUGGAAUAAUGGGGGGGAAAGGCAGCUAAGGAACCCAGCUUACCAUGAAUGCUACGCUGUGCCCGUGCUGUGAGUGGUGAAAUAGGGGCAUGCAGCACUUCGGAUUGGUGCCAAAAAGGUGUGCUUCAGUGUGUGUGGGCACGUGUACCACACCUGUUGGCACCCCCUUAAAGGAGCUGUGUCUUUUCCUGGGAUCACACAGGUGCCAUGCACUAUCAGGAAAAGACACUUUAAGUUAAGAGAACUGCAAACCCACAGCCGCUCUGAACCUCCUUGUCACAGCCUGUUGGGGUGGCCUUAAGUCAAACCUGCAUUUUCCUGGGAUUGCAUAGCUGCCAUGCGGUCCCAAGGCAAGACACAGCUUCUUUAAGGAGGUGCUAAGGUGCAUCAUCCCCACCCCAAAGCUCCUUUCAGCAUUGGAUCUGAAGUGCUGGAUCUGUAAAUCUUUCGUUUUCUGUUCCUUACUGCUUUUCUUUGUCCCCCUUUCAGCUAAUCCUACGUCUGAUCAGUUCUUACAUGUCCAUAGUCCUUUUGAGAUUUCUUUUUCAUUUUUAAUAUUUUCUGACACUGGAGGCUUAGUUUCCUUGUGUAUGCCUCCUCUGUUACCAGGCUAGAGUUUUUCUGCUUAAUCAAACAAAGCUCCAUCAGCAGGUUCCUGAACUAUACAUUUUCAGUGUAGUGGUUGUGCAAAUGGUAACCGUGUGCCAGACAGAAGGACUUUUUACAUUUCUUUUUUUAAAAAAGGAAAGAAAAUGAAAACGUACAAAAUAGCGCAGAUAAUGAUUGGGCACGGUUAUGUCCGUCGCUGUAAAUUCAGAGCAUCCUUAAAGAGCCACUGUUAAUAAUGGCGGAUGUGCUUAUUGCCAAGAUUUGCUUUUGCAAUAUUAUUUUUCCAAUAAUAUUGGAAUAAAAACAAUGGAAGGGCCUCCAAACAGGACUGUAUUGGCUAAGAGGAGAUAUCUUUUUGUCCUCCCUUUGAAGUUUCGCAGAAAUUACCUUGGAUUGAAAAAAAAAUCCAUUGAUUUAUUUUGGAGGGAGAAUUUUUGGCAUGGCAAGUGGAAGUGGGGGAAAGGUUAAGUUCUCUGCCUGUGGUGAUUGUAAUCCCUCCCUGCUAUUUUUUACUAACCUUACACCAAAUGAGUAAGAUAUUUACAUAACUUAAAAUUUCAAAUUGACCUUGGGAAUCUUUGGAGUUCCUUGUCAGUGUUACCUGGUGAGAAAACCAGUGAAGAUGGAUUUGUCCUUUGCUGAAAAAUUGUCAGGGAUUAUCAAGUGGGGCUACAGUAUAUAUGCCACAAAUUCUGAUGGUAAAAUCACAUUUUUCCAAUAGUGUGGGAAGAAAAACAAUGGAGUGGCCUCCAAACAGAAUUGUAUUGUGUUGGACUGACCCGGUAGUUGGGCCUGACCUCUGCAACAGAAGCGUGGUCACAAGGCAAAGCACGUGAAUUAGAUAUCAGAUUAGUUCCAAUGAUGUGCAAGAAUCUGGACUUGGCAGAAACACACCAAAUGCUCACACCGAUUCUGUUUGCUCUUGGCCUGCUAAGUGGCAUUUGGGGGCAGGGGGGAAAGGAUUUGAACAAACCAGAAGAGAGUGCCAUAUUGGGAAACACUGAAAUGCAUUUCCAUCUCAGCUUAGUUCGGAGGGGCAUUUUCUUCACCAGGAGGGG